AUGGCAACCGGACAGUCCACAAUCGACGCUGGUGCCACGCCAAUGGCAGUACCAGCACAGGCCGGAGACAACCACAAACAACCCGGCAAAAGGCCGUUCAAUGGUGGUCAUCAGCGCAAAGGUGCCAAGCACAGGAGGAAGCAGAAGACGUUCCAGGAUGGGUCUCAUGAGGAGGUUUUGAUGGCGGAUAUCCAGGCAAUGUUGGAUUCGCAGAAGAUUGUGGAUGAUGUUGAGGGUGGUGCUUCUGCCGAAGAGGAAGAGACCCCCUUACCAAGGAAAGGCACCGAGAUUGAACUGGAGGUCGUGGAAUUGUCGUCAACAGGCGACGGGUUGGCGAAACAAAAGGGGUCUGAUCACAUUUACGUGGUGCCGUUCUCUAUCCCGGGAGACACGGUGAAAGCCAAGGUGUACCGCCACAACUUUGAGGAAGGGUAUACGGCCGCUGAUUUUAUCUCCGUUGUCAAGCCGUCCGCCCUCCGGGAUGACAGCCGAAUUCAGUGCGGCUACUUUGCUAAGUGCUCGGGGUGUCAGUUCCAGAUGCUAGACUAUACCGAGCAGCUGAAGCUAAAGCGGAAUAUCGUUGUCAAGGCUUACAAGAACUUCUCCCGGCUGUCGCCGGAGCUGGUGCCAGACGUCCUCGACACCAUUGGGAGUCCGCUACAAUACGGCUACCGCACUAAGCUCACACCUCACUUCGAUGCGCCCCCGGGAAACAAGCGUCGAGGGCCCAAGAAUGCCCACACGUUCAUGCCGGCGGUGGGCUUCACGCCCAAGAGCACACGCCAGGUCUUGGAUAUUGAAGACUGCCCUAUUGCGACGGAUGCCGUCCGCAAGGGGUUGACAGACGAGCGGGCGCGCAUGGCAGUCGAGUAUGGAAAUUACGUCAAGGGCGCGACCAUCCUCUUGCGUGAGGACACUAAGCGAAUCGUCAAGGCCUCACCUAGCGAUGCCAUCGAGACGCCGGAAGGCGUUCCCGAGAAUGCUGUCCGCGUCGACGCCGACACGCACGUCGAUUUCAAGACAUGUAUCACGGACCAAAAUGCCACCUCGACCGAGUACAUCGACAACUUCCAGUUCACCAAUCCAGCCGGCGCCUUCUUCCAGAACAACAAUUCUAUCUUAUCCCCCUUCACGGCUUAUAUCCGGGAACAUAUCCUUCCGCCUUCGUCUCUCGCCUCGACUGCCUCCAAACCACCCAUCAAGUAUCUCAUCGACGCCUACUCCGGCUCCGGGCUCUUCACCAUCACCCAAUAUUCGCUUUUCCCCGGCGGCAGCAUCGGGAUCGACAUCGCCGAGAAAUCCAUCGCCUACGCGCGACGCAACGCUACCCUCAACGGUCUGGACGAGAGCCAGUGCCGUUUCCUCGCCGCCGACGCGCCGGAGUUGUUCAAGAGCGUCAGCGCGUACAACCCGGACGAGACCGUCGUCGUGCUGGACCCGCCGCGCAAGGGCUGCGACACGAGCUUCUUGAGGCAGUUGUUGGAGUUUGCGCCGCGGAGAGUGGUGUAUGUGAGCUGUAAUGUGCAUACGCAGGCGAGGGACGUCGGUGUGUUGGUUAGGGGACAGCAAACGGGCGGUGAGCAGAAGGAGAAGAAGAAGAGGACACGCUACGAGAUUGAGAGUAUCAGAGGGUUUGACUUUUUCCCGCAGACGGGGCAUGUGGAGGGCGUGGCUGUCUUGAAUCGGGUUGAUGAGGCAUAG